CUAUCCAUUCAUUUCGUUGCAUUUCUCCUUACUUUUCUUUUCCCUAUUUUCCAUUUUUUUUCUCUCCGUUCCAUUUCGUUCAAGAACUCUAAAGAGUCUCAAGCCGAAGCCUAGGGUUUUCGAUAUCUCAUCUGCUUCGUUGUUAGUUCGCAAAGUAAUCACCUGAUGGCAGGAACUGGCAUCCACCCAUACCUCCAGCAGUGGGCACCAGCAGCCACUGCCCCUCCUGCUCCACCCCCUUCUGUCGCCGCCACCGUUCCUCUUCCUCCCCCUAUCGUCAUAGACAACCCCGCCCGCUCCGCCUCUGAUGAGGUGCGUACAAUAUUCAUCACGGGUCUUCCGGAGGAUGUGAAAGAGAGAGAGCUACUGAAUCUACUGAGAUGGCUGCCUGGAUACGAGGCUUCACAGGUGAACUUCAAAGGCGAGAAGCCCAUGGGUUUCGCUCUCUUCUCUACUGCUCAGCUUGCUGUUGCCGCCAAAGAUGCCCUUCAGGAAAUGGUGUUUGAUGUGGAGUCGAAGUCGGUGUUGCACACCGAGAUGGCCAAGAAAAAUCUUUUUAUCAAAAGAGGAAUAGUAGCGGAUUCAAGCACCUAUGAUCAGAGUAAACGCUUGCGAACUGGUGGUGACUAUACACACACUGGUUAUACCAGUCCAUCUCCCUUUCAUCCUCCUCCAGCACACAUUUGGGGACCACAUGGGUUUAUGGCGCCACCUCCUCCAUAUGAUCCAUAUGGAGGCUACCCAGUUCCUCCAGUACCAAUGCCUGCUCCCGCUCCCGUGCCAGCACCUAACAAUUAUGUACCUGUUCAGAAUGCAAAAGAUAACCCUCCAUGCAAUACCCUUUUCAUUGGUAAUUUGGGAGAGAACAUAAAUGAGGAAGAACUGCGGGGCCUUUUUAGCGUACAACCUGGCUUUAAGCAAAUGAAGAUCUUGAGACAGGAAAGGCACACUGUUUGCUUUAUUGAGUUUGAAGACAUAAAUAGCGCCACCAAUGUACACCAUAGUUUGCAGGGUGCUGUUAUCCCCAGUUCUGGUUCAGUUGGCAUGCGGAUACAAUAUUCAAAGAACCCCUUUGGGAAAAGGAAGGAUGGUAGCCACCAUGUUGCCGCCCCUGGUAGUAAUGGAGCUCUGCCAGCUAUGACAUACCAGUAGCUUGAAGGGGAUGUACUCUCUGUUCUUUAUGCUCCGUGCAGCUUUUGAAUGCAUCCAUUUCAUAAUCAAGUCAUCAACAUUAGCAUCUCCCCCGCAUGUUAAUGGUUGCACGUACUGGCAUCAUGAACAUACCAUUUGGUCAUGUUAUAAGCUAUCGAGGACAUGCAUUUCUCAGCAUGUUGAAGUGCCUGGAUCAUGUAAUAGGUGGCUCAGUUAUUGAUAUCAUUUGUAGAAGUGCAUUGGUCUGUGGUUUUGUGGGAUUUGCCUGCUUUUCCCCCUCAUUGACUUCUCUACUUUCAUAUUGACUUUUCUGUACACCAACACUAGGAAUGCUUCAACAUCUUUCUAUGUUAUCUAUUUUAAUUUAUUAGGUAUUUCACUUAA